ACUCUGCAAUUUUAAAGAAACCAAAGAUAUCAAAGUUACAACACAGCACCAUUAAUAAGUUUUUAGCAGCUCAUCCAAAAAGAGAGUGGAACUGAAUUCACCAUCUUUUCUCAUCUCAGACAGCAAACCAGAAGAAUGCCUCUCCACGACUUUAAGAUACUCAUCAACCUCGUGUUCCCGUACAUUAAACAAGACAAUCGAUCCAUACUGGAAUACCACCAUGUAAAUGCACUCACUCCCACUUAUGCAACCACCAGUACCCUGAAUCAACAACAUCAACCUUUACUGUGAUAAGUAAUCCAGUGAAUCAGUUAAGCAAAAGAUACUAAAAGUGUACUAAUUUCCAGCCAAAAUGAUAGGAAUGCGAGGCCUUCGAUUAAACAAGCCAUCCAAGUGUUGAAUCUUGAAGCACCAUUGCCUCAUCUUCCUAUUAAAAUGCCUGUUGCAACUUAUCAUGUCUCGUCUACUGGAACGUCGGUGAGCUCUGGUGGUGCCAUUGCAACGUUUUCAAGUGCUCAAGUUGGUCGUUGAGGAGAUCUAUGUCGUGUGUGUGUGUGUUAUAUUUUAGUGAUUUUGCGUCUGUGUAACCGAUAGUACUUGUUUCUGUUACUCUUUGCUUGUGAAAGAAGUUUCUACAAUUGAAGCUGACUAUUUACUAUUUCAAUCUCUAAAUGAAAUGUAUACUGACAAAAUUCAAGAACCAUGGAGUUGCCUGACUGAAAUGUCAUAUCAUAAGAGAAUAUCUAGUGUAAAUGUCAUACUAAUUUGAGUGUAAUUUAUCAAACAGAAAAUCGGUUGAACCGACUUCUCUAACUGAAAUUCUUCAGAUUGGUGAGUUUGGUGGCCAUUUGAUUUAAUUCUUUUGGAAAGAGAUACAUACACAUAACCUUUGUUGAGAGAGAAAUAGUUAUGGUAUUAGCGGGUUUAGUUCAACAACUAUCACAUUUUAAGUAACCCUUCAUGCUUACAUGCGAUUGUUUGUUUUUAUAGAAGACUAAAAUUUACCACUAAUUCACUUUUAGAUAACCAAAACAGUAGAAACGAGUAAGUAAAUUACCUAUCGAUAUUCGUAUGAUCAAUAAAAUAGAACAAAGUUUUCUUUUGCUUGUGGACUAUCAAUAUUCGAAUUGAUUAUUAUGGAAAAUUUAGAGAGAUAAUUACUAAAAAUAGGAUUUUUGGUUUCACUUGAGUUGUCUCACGGAAAGUUGGUUGAUUGCUAAUGCCUUUAGGUGAUAAAAGACUCAAUUCACGCCUAAUCAAUCUAUCUUGUAGUAAUCAAUUAGAAAUCAUCUGAAAUUUUUCUUUAUUAUUCGCAGUCUCAUUGGUACAAGUUUAGAGGUGGGGGUCUCAAACGUUGUCAGACAUGACACUAGUGGUUACAUUGAGAGAAAAAUGACAAUUUAUUCAAACCACCAGAGAUUAAAGCCAUCAUUACGAAUGAUAUCAUCAACUUUUAAAUCUUUUAAUUACAAGAGAUUAUAUAGUAGAAGCUUACUUUUCGUAUAGUGGCCCGAAUGAAAGUGAUGCUAUUUGUGAAUUAAAAAAGGAUCAUGGUUGCACAUUUAAAAAAUAAAUGAUCGAUGGCUUAACUUGUUAGUCAAAUUUGUCUGCCAUAUGUUUCCUUUCUUUAUGGCGCCAAGAAAUUCGAAGCAGAAAUAAUUCGACAGCACAUUCACCAUUUGUCAAUUUAAAACGAAGAUUUGCCAACUCCUAUUACUUGCAAAUACAUUACAUACACAACUCCUAGACCAUUUGCCAAUUCUAAUCUUUAAUUGUGCGUCAUUUAAAACCAUACCAGAAGGAAAAAAAAUGUGAAGCCGUCAUACCAAUUCUAGACCAUCAAAUCGAAAGUUCAACUAUUUAAAAACAUAUAAAUAUACUGAAAUGCAAGAAAAGUAAGUUUGCUAAGCAAGCAAACAAAACCAUAAAAAUGUGCAUAUUUCACAUGUGCUUUUUUAUUUCUUCGUCACAAAAUUAGCUAUAUGGGGGAGAAUAUAAUUUGAGUGAAAUGCAAUCUGAAUAAAAUAAAUAUUUAAGUUGAUCACAAGCAAAGGUGAUGUGUCUUAUUUAUUUAUUUGUCGAAAAUUCUCCAGAUAUUUCAUCCGUCGAGUCCGUUUUUAUAUAUAGUAAAUGCAUUAGUCAUGGCAUCAAUCUCUAAUCCUUUCUUCUUCCUCAAAACUAUUAAUUUAGGCACGUGAAAGAUUAAAAACCAACAAAACAGAACUUGAAUUGACUUGCAGUUGAAAGUAAAAAAAAAAGAAACAAAAGUUGAAUUGCGUAGGUGGAUUUGUAUAAAUAUAGCAGAGAUUCCAAAUCAUCUCCACUCAGCACAGCUGACUCUUACAACUUUCUGACUCUUCCAAGAAUAGCAUUUUAUCUCUCUCAGGAUAACAAACAAAACAAAACAAAACAAAAGUUUCUCAUAAAACCUCUCUGUUUUCUUGUUUCCUCAGAGAGAUGCAAUAUUUUUCUUUGAUUUAUUUCUUAUGCUUCUGGGAAUUUUUUUAACUUGAUGCCAAGGCUUCCUCUCUUAUUGGAGGGCAACACAGAGAAAGAAGAAGGUAAAUAAAAAACCAUUGGAGCUAUGGCUGUCGAAGAGACAGAGAAGAAGAAAGAAAGCAAAGAGGAACAAGAGAUAGAGCUUCACAGGAACGACUUAGGCCUCGAACGUUCAUCAUCAUCAGGUGUACUUGGCAUCACAAUAAUGAUGGAUCCAGACAUAGACAAUAGCAGCACUUAUUACAGUACUUGCAGCUCUUGCUCGCCUGACCAUGAAUCAUUAUCGUCUCCAUUUUCGAAUACUCCUAAUAAAAUCGUUUCGUCUUCCUACCAUGGUGGUCUUCAAUGGAACAAAAUGAUUGAAUCCAUCAAGAAGAAGUCCAUAAGAAGAUUCACUGUCAUUCCUCUCCUCGCAAGUUACGAAUUAACUCGUAAAAACUUGCGUCGCAAGCAACCAAAGUUCCCUUUCCCUCCCUCUGAGAAUGGCUUCCCCUGUGAACGUUUCUUUAUGCCUAAACCCUCGUGGCGAAACUUCACCUACGAAGAGCUCGCUGCAGCCACCGAUGAUUUCAAUCCAGAGAAUAUGAUUGGGAAGGGAGGACAUGCGGAGGUAUACAAAGGGGUGUUGCCUGAUGGUGAGACGGUGGCGAUCAAGAAACUUAUGAGUCACGCAAAGGAAGAAGAAGAUAGAGUGAGUGAUUUCCUCUCAGAGCUAGGUAUAAUCGCACAUGUAAACCAUCCAAACGCAGCUAGGCUACGCGGUUUCAGCAGUGAUCGUGGUUUGCAUUUUGUGCUUGAGUACGCUCCCCAUGGCAGCCUCUCUACAAAGCUCUUUGGAUCAGAGGAGUGUCUGGAGUGGAAGAUAAGGUAUAAAGUGGCUCUAGGUAUAGCUGAUGGUCUAAGUUAUCUUCACAAUGUUUGCCCUAGACGGAUCAUUCACCGUGACAUCAAAGCUUCUAACAUAUUACUCAGCCGAGAUUACGAUGCUCAGAUUUCGGAUUUUGGACUAGCAAAAUGGCUUCCAGAGAACUGGGAUCAUCAUGUUGUGUUUCCCAUCGAAGGAACAUUCGGGUAUAUGGCUCCAGAAUACUUCAUACAUGGCAUUGUUGAUGAGAAGAUCGAUGUGUUUGCCUUUGGUGUGUUGCUUCUAGAGAUCAUAACCAGUCGUAGGGCUGUUGAUACAGCCAGCAGACAAAGCAUCGUUGCAUGGGCAAAACCUUUUCUGGAGAAGAACAGCGUUGAGGACAUUGUGGAUCCUCGGCUAGGAAAUGAGUUUGAUCCAACAGAGAUGAAACGAUUGAUGCUAACAGCUUCAAUGUGUAUACAUCAUAUAGCCACAAUGCGACCUGACAUGACCCGGGUGGUGCAGCUGUUGCGUGGGGAAGACAGCACAGCUGAGCUAGAGCUGCAGCAGAAGCCAGGUGAAGGAGGGGCGGUGAUUGCGAACGCGUGCGAUCUACAGGAUCACACCUCCUCCUCAUACCUCAACGAACUCAUCCGACACAGGCAACUCCUGAUGGAGUGAGUUAGAAACAAUCAAAUUUAAUUCAAUCUCUAAUAACAAAUGUGUUUAUGCUCCCACUUUAGUCCCUUAUUCUCUUUGGCCUUUUCCUUAACUGAGUUUUUGCGUCUUUUUUUAAUUAUUAUCUCCAUUGGUUGCUUCUUUUAUUUCCUCAACCAAAACUGUGAAUAUCAUCAACAUGUGUCUCUCUAUGUUGUUCUACUUAACUUUGUUUAGUCUCAACCCCCAAGGAGUUGUUGAUUUGUUACAAUAGUCCAUUGCUAGUCUCUUAUCAGUCUACAGAAAGAGAGCGAGCCAAUUGGUCACACAUAGAGUUUACGUCUGAUACAAUAAUAACCCCAAAAGUUUUCGAUUCUUCAACUUUUAACCCCAUCUACUCCUGCCUAAACAACAAUUAAUGAAAGAAAAAAAACAAGAAGCAGAGACGCAAGUGAGAUUUUCCAUAUCCUUCUAGUCAGCUUUAUGAGUUAGCCAGAAUCAAGAAGUUGAACAUUAGCGCAGUGAGAAAGAAGAUGUAUCCCUUAAAAGACAUUAAAAAACUAAAAAAAAAAAACGGAC